AAAUUCCCACGUUUAUUAACGUCCUCUGAAGGCAUCAGCAGGGCUGUAAAGAAUCCGAGCAUCACUUAAACGCAUCGCAAGCCUGGUUGAGCGGAAGCGUCCGACCAGACACAGCUGAGAGUUUAACGAGACCGAACCAAGACCAGGACCCGCACAAGAGGUCCGUGUCGUCCGUGUCAGUGUGACUGGACCGGGAAACAAACCGGAACCGACUGACACGACAUCCGGGUCUGAUCCGAGAGACAGAACCCUGGAAGAGCCCUGGAUCCUCGAUCCUCAAGGAGAUCGCUGUGGAUGGUGAGUCCAGGAUGCACUUCCUGUCUCUGAUCCUAAUCAGACUGUGGACCUAUUAGAUCUCAGAGGAGUCAUGAGCUUCGGAUCUGAGUCCUGGCAGUGGUUCAGGGUCCUGCUGGACUAGACUAACAGCAGUGUUUCUUAGACUUUCCAAGGAUCGGGACUAUGGGACCUCCGGUCGUUCAGGGAGCUCCUGUUGUACCAAAGAUGGGGGUCAGGGCCCGAAUGUCCGACUUGUCUCAGAGGAGGGAUGCUCAGGAGGGUCUGAACUUGAGCUUUCUGAGUCAACCUCCCCAUUCCAACAAGAGUCUGGACCCCCAGCCCAGGUCAGAGACCACAUUCCCAGUUCGCCCGAGUCCUUCCACCAGCAGGAGUUUGGCAAGGAUGAAGAGAAGCAACAGUGAGGUGACGAUCAGUGAUGUCGGAGCUGAAGACAUGGACCCUGCUGCCAUCAAUCGAAACACAGGCGCGAGUCUGAGGCGAAAGUGCUGCAGCACUUCGACACUGGACCGCCAAAGUUUGUCACGAUCCACUGAGACUCCUUCCUGGAGGCUGGAGCAGCACGUGCCCAGCGCACCGCCUCCAUUCCCAGAACCUCCACAGCUUCAUGCUGCACUGUCGCCCAGUCUGCAGACCGCCGCUCGCAUUGCUCAUGGGGAUGUCAUCUAUGUACCCGACUACGUGAACGCUUCGGUUUAUGUGUCGCAUGUUCAGAAAACAAAGCCGGAGACAUCAAUCCUCAGCAGACUAAGGAAUCAGAGGACAAACAGGGACAUAAGCCCCAGUGUGAUCUCUUACAAAUGCUUUUCUCAUUAUGAUAGUCAGAGUGUCCUCUUCGACUUCAGCAGUGGCUUUGUCCACCAAGCAGACCUCCAGCACAGAAGGAACAUCUCCACCUCUGGAUGUGAUGUGUUUGAUGGUUUAAGCCCUGAUGAAUGUGAAAAAAACAACUUUCUGGUGAGUAGCUGUCCAUUCUUUCAUAAUGAGAUUGGAGGAGAGACGGAGAGGAGGCUGGGCCUGACUCGGGCCAACACCUCCACCUGCGGUGCUGCAGCGGACACAUCCUUCAGCAAUCCGCCGCUCAGCAUCCGCCGCACCAAUGCGAGCAUCUCAGUGUUGGAGUUCAGUGGAGGAACUCGGGCGUUCGACCAAAACCUGAUGAAUAAUCACGACAUUGAACACAUUGACCUGGGAGCCAGAUACUACCUGAAAUACUUCUACAACCAAGAUCACCAAAAUUAUUUUGGCAUUGAUGAGAAUCUGAGCCUCCGGCGAGAGAAACUGGAGGAGAGGAAUGAUGAGACACAGUACAACUACAGGAUGAUCCUCAGGACUGGUCAGCUGUCUACCCUCAGAGGAUCCAUCACAGAGGAGUCUAUCCCAUCUUCAUCCAAACACGGGACCAGUCGACGUCUUCCUCUGAGGGAUGUUCUCGAAUUUGUGGUUCCUCAACUUAGCAUCCACAGUCUCAGACUGGCUGCCGAUUCACCCAGAGUCCCUGAACUGCUGCUGCAGCUGGACCAGCAGGAGCUGAGGUUCCAGCGCAAAGUGGGUGUGUUAUUCUGUCGGGCUGGUCAGUCCACCGAGGAGGACAACAGUGACUCUGGCAGUCCCGCUCUAGAUCAGUUCCUGGACCUUCUGGGUCACAGAGGUCCACUGAAAGAUACCAGCGAUGACUCAACAGGGAGGCAGUCAGUUUUUACAACGUUCAGAGAAUUCAAGCUGAUGUUCCACGUCUCCACGCUGCUCCAUAAAAGUCUUACUGGGAAUGACUUCGUCACAGUAAUCUUCCAGGAGCCGAACUCCCCGCCCUUCACUCCGCAAAACAUCUGCUCACAUUCCCAACACGUCUUCAUCAUCGUUCGAGUCCACCGCCCCUGCAGCCAGCACACCUGUUACAGUGUUGCAGUGUCCAGGCAUAGAGACAUCCCGUUCUUUGGUCCCUUGAUCCCACCAGGUUGGAUGUUUUCAGCCUCACCUGAAUUCAGAAAUUUCCUGCUGACGAAGAUCAUUAAUGCUGAAAACGCUGCGCACAGGUCAGAGACCUUUGUCACAAUAACAGCACAGCGCAGACAGGAGCACCUGAAGGAGCUGGUGGAAAACUUUUCCACAUCAGUGCUAGUGGACUCAUCAUCUUCCAUCAAGUUCAGCUUCAUCUCUCUGGGAGUAAAGAAAAAAGAGCGCAGCGCACCACGGCCUCAUGCUUACCUGAACAGCGCCGGGGCUCUCACCUGGAGUGUGACAGCAAAAGACUUCAGCUGCUCUUUUGAUGUACCAUGCCAGCUCGCCGUCUCCAGUGAGUUUGUGGUGCUUGUAGAGGAAGCCAGCAGACAGGUAGUGUUUCACUGUUACUGCAGAGACGUGAUUGGCUGGAACGCCGGCCACAAAGGCAUUAAACUUUUCUACGAACACGGAGACUGUGUGAUGCUGUCAACACGAGAGAGAGGCUGGGAGGACAGCCGCGAGAUCGCCCAGAGACUGCAGCUGGUGACUCGUGGCAGUCCUGCUGUGGACAUGAUUCUGAGGAGGAACCGUCACGGUCAGCUUGGGUUUCACGUGAACUUUGAAGGAGUGGUGGCGGAUGUUGAGACCAACAGUUUUGCAUGGAAGGAGGGUCUCCGGCCCGGCUGUAGGAUAAUGGAGAUCUGUGCAGUCGCCAUAGUAAAGCUAUCACAUAAACAGAUGAUUGAGCUGCUGAGGACAUCGAUGAACGUGAGCGUGGUCGUUAUUCUGCCGCACAGAGAUGGGACACCGCGCAGGAGUUUCUCAGAAAUCUACCAAGUCCCGAGGUUUGAGUACAAACUGGACUCUGACAUCACUUCCUACCCAUUAAGAGUAACCCCACCCACCUGGCACAAGGUGUUAGAAGCUCCGCCUACUCAGAGCAUUCCAGAUGAACUGGAACAGAAGCUGAGACCAAUUAAACAAAUGAAUGAGGGAUCCAGGUCACCAAGCAAACGCUCGACUUCGGUUGACCCCGGACCACCUUUGACCCCACAAAGCCAUGCCCGGUGGGGAGCUCGUCCUGAUUGGUCAGUCAGCUCUGAAGAAGGCUCACUUGAGAAGAUUGGGAGAUCUAAAGAGGCCAGUCACCUUUGUCAUCAUGAUCAUCCUCAUUGUGUGACAAAGGCUCGGAGGGUUUUUCACCCGAGUCUGACGGAUGCCAACAACACGCUUUCCAGCAGCAGUGGCAGCGAGGGCAGAUACUCCGACCAUCAUCUCACUGACACUAAGAUGCCUUCAAUGGACAGCGGAAUUGACUCCGCCCCCUGCACAUCAUCGGCCCAACCAGCUGUGGCUGGGGCGACGCUGGUCCUGAGCGAUAUCCAGAGAGGCAAAUGGACAAUCUCAGCCGGUCACAUGACCAACCUGAGUGAGAUCUGCUCUCUGUCCUGUGACUGUCAUGGAUCCACCAGCUGGUCUGAGGGCAGGUCCAAAAGCAGUUCCUCUACCAGCUCACCUGAGGCCUUAAUCACAUGUAAAGAAGGCUCCACUAAGGAAACGGGGCUUACUCAAGAGGGGGAGGGGCUGAAGAGAUCCAGCAGGUGCAGCAGAUUAAGCUGUGUUCCAAUAAAAGAUGUUGGCGUGAAGCAAUCUGAUGUCACUGCAGGUGAACAGCUGCCGUCGGACCACCUGCCUCCACGUCUCAACAGCACGCUACCGCCCACCAUCGGCAGAAAACUGCCACUGCCGCUACAGAGGAGUAACCGCUCUUACUCUGACAGCUUAUUGGCUCUGAGGUCUGGAGAUAAACACAUGCCGCUCCCACAAGCCUCAUCACAGCUGGACUGGUUUCACCUGGAGAGCACUCAAGCCUUCAAAGCGGACAUCAAUCAGACACAACCCACACUGGGGGUGACAUCACAGAGCUCCGCCCUGGAGGACAGUGACAUCACAGCCCGCUCCCUCUCAGGUGAAGUCCUCCGACUGGAAGAGAUUCUUCAGCAGCUGCAGCUCGACCUGCUAAAGGAGCAGCGGGACAAAGCUGCACUGCAGCAGCAGGUGCUGAGCCUCCGUCAGGAGAACCACCGCCUGCAGAUGGAGAGCCACAGCGCCGCCAAGCACAUCAGGAGGUUUGCCGCCUGGAUGCUGCGCCAGGAUUCAUUACCAUAGUAACACCACUAGCAUUUACUGCCCAUUCAGCUCUGUGUCACAUGGCACACAGCGGAUCGUGGUGACGAUGAAGAGUUUGGACCGUGAGCAGAACAAUUGAUCGCUAAAUUGAUUGCUGAACAGCACGAAGCAGCACGCUGGAUGAAGAUGAGGUGAUGUGACGGGUUACCUUGAAGUAGGCGGAGCCUCUCUAUGAUUCUUGCUGUUAUUUGUUUUCACACAGAGACGCAGUGAAUUAGUGGCAGCACCACGAGCUGACCUCCGUGCGCUUCCACCUCUGUCAGCAUCGGAGCAGCUGGCAACGAUGAGCUUUUACUAAACGCCUCAGCGCAGAUGUUUAAGGAUGUGUUUUCUCUUCAGACUGUGGAUUAUAGAGAUGUUUUAUCCAAGCUGAAUCAGCUGAUCCAGAAUCAGCUGAUUAAUCCAAAACUCUUCUUUCAUGUGCAGAGAGAUCUGUCCUGCUCUCUUUCUGCUGUUACGUGUCUUUAUUUUUGUAAAGGUUUACAUCAGAAUUUACUUUUUUGGCCUAGAUUUCCUGGACAUGAUGUGAUUAAUACUGUAAUUACAGCAGCAUUCACAGAUAGAAGGUUCUUAUUUGGAAACAUUUUCAUCAGGUCGAUCGUUUCAGUUUAUAUAUUUUAUAUCUGUAUAUAUAAAAUAUGUGUUUCAUUUGGUCAGCAAUGAGCAGCCUGAGGAGGCGCUGUGGAGCCGCAUGUGUUUAAGCUGGCUGCAGGCUUGAUGUGAAUGAAGGUGAGGAAAGGUAAACAUGUAGUGGGCCCUGAGCAGUCACAUGACCGAGCCUCCGAGUCUGUGGACUUCAUAAACUCAGUGCGGCUUCAGGAGGAGCAGCCAAUCAGCUGUCAGAUGCUGCCCCCUGGUGGAAACAGCUGUGUAAUAAAAACUCAGUUUGUUCACCAUGGCAACAGUAAACCUUUACACUUUAUUUCUCUGAUCAAAAUAAACAUUGGAAACAGUGAUGUCACCAAUCAA